AAUUUUUAAACGCAAGGCAAAAUGAUAUCUUGAUUGUUUCCGAAUCCGAAUAAAGAUUUGCGUGAUGUGUGAAUUUGAAAAUAAUAUCAAAUUAUCAUGGUUACUUGUGUCUCAGUUUGUUAGUUGGGAUUUUUGCAGAUAUAUGUGUGAACAAAAUGAAAAUGAAACUUGGGAACCUGAUGUUUUGACUUUUUUAAGAAAUAUGGUUGUUGAAAGAACUGAAAAAGCUGCUAGUGAUAUCACUAAACAUGAGAUGGUUGCCAGAUUUGUUAUGGAAGCCAGGACUAUUCGAACAAUUGCAAGAAUGCCCUUUAUUCAAGAAUUAUCCAAAAAAGUCAUAGAAAAAUGCCCGGAAUUGAAAUCAGCUGUGGCUAAUUUGCUUUUUGACUUACAGAGACUUUUAAAUUCUUUUGAGGAAAGUAAAGAUCCUCAAAAACGAGAAAAAAUUCUUAUAACUAUGACCCGAGAAGUAAAUAAAUUUAAUGCUGAAGCAUGUAAAAAUCUACCAUUACCAAAUCUUUUACAGGUUAUUCAAACUUGGCUUCAAGCUGAAUAUCAAGCUCAGUUAUUAAAAGCAGACAUUAAGAAAAAUAUUGAAAAUGUAGAACUGUUCCAGAAAGUGGUAGAUUGUUUACACGAAGAAAAAAUAACCUCUGAGGAGGCUAAAGUGAUUGCACGGACAUUGUAUGAAGAUAAAUCACUUAAAAGAAUAUUCCUUUUAAAUAAUUCAGAAACAGAGACUGACAUUGAUUCACAAUCUCAGAGUUUGUCUAUACAACCAUAUCAAGUUCCUCCUAGACAGUUGACACCACCACAAUCUGCACAUGUAUCCAGCCAUUUUAAAUUGCCUAGUCCAGUGCAUCACAUUGAGCCUGAUAAUACUACACGAUCAUUUACAUUCAAUCCGGCUCUUUCAUCACCUUCGCCACCUCACCUAGAACCUGCCAAUAUCUCAUUACAUGAUUCUUUCAAUCCAUCUAGUCCUGAAGAACCUCUGGAAGAUGUUCAGCAAUAUAAAGUAUCAGAUGACGUACAGGACUUAGGACUUUUGAAUCCAACCAAAUCAUACUUCUUUAAACCUUCUACAGAACCACAGAUUGGCACCACAAACUUUUCUAAGAAACCAUUCAUGCAUGACAUUGAUCCAGUUUCUCUAUGCUCAUCAGAUUCUGAUUCAUCAGAAAUCACCUCUGCUACAAGCACAUCUCGAAAUAAGAGACGCUGGAAGAAGCUUCUAGAAGAAUUUCGAUUAGAGGAUGAUUUUUCUGAGGAUGACUCUCCCUCUGUAUCAAAAAAGACCAGAACUCCUAAAGUGGUUGUAGAUAGUCCUGUGCAAAAUUCUUUUGUUAACUGUGACGAUGAAGAUACUAGUGAUUGUGAUAAAAAUGCAGAUCUUAAGUUCUUAACACCAACCAUGUUUAAAAGUGACUACGUUGACAAGAAUCCUGCUCGUGCUGUGUUACUUUCAGAUAAUGAAUCAUUUAAUUCUUCCAUAACAACUGCUCCAACAAACAGUCAAGAAGAUGAUCCUACAUUUGUUCUUACAAAAUCAAGAAACAAAGCUGUGCCUGCAAAGGAUUCCCAUAUCUUACCACCAAAAAAACGAUUAAAAACAACAAAAUCUACUGCUAAAAAUAAACCAAUGAGUAGAAUUUUGGCUAGAAUUAGUGAAGAGCCUGAAGCUCCUAAACAAGUGACUUUACGCCGAUUUGGGUUCGCCCCAAAUGCAGCCAGUAGUGUCAAAAGUGCUACUGAGCGAGCUGCAAGAUCCAAAAAGAAAACCAUCAAACUUUUUGACAAUGACAUUCCUACGACAAGGUCUUCUGAUGAAAGCUCUUUAUUUCAAAUAAACACAAGAAGCAGUAAAAAGAAAAAUUUACAACAGAAAACUAUAAAUUUAGGAAAUAAAAAACGUUGUGAAGAGUGUAAAACAACAUUUAGAACUCCUACAGAACUGAAAAAACAUAUUUUUGUUGUACACACUGUUGAAGAUCUUAGUGAUGAUUGAUGUACUUUUAAAUGCCAUUCACUGUCAAAGAUGGUAGGAUUAACAAUGUACAGUGUAAAUAUAAAUGCAUUUUAGACAUAUGUUUGUAUAAUUUUUUAAAUAUUUUUUACAAUUGAAAUUUCAAAGAAAUUUUUAUUAAAUUGUAAAUUGUGUAUAACUGCUUGUUAUAAAGCAGUAUGUCAUAUAAACAUUUUCACAAUGUAUUUGUGUAUGAAUGAAGUCAAAGGCUUUAAAAGUCUUAUUGGCUUUUGAUGGCAAGAGUUAUUCAUAUCUGCUGUUUUGAAGUUGAAUUUAUUCAUCAUAAUUUUAUGUAUUUUAUAAAAUCAUGUCAUGGCAUGUGCACUGCUAUUUUUACUCAU